AUGUCACCAGCAAACGACAUCCCCGACCAGAUGCAGGCGGUGCAGGUAGUAGAGUACAAGCAGCCCUACCAAAUCAACACGGUCCCCGUCCCGCGCCCAGAGUCCCUCGCCCCGCACGAGCUGCUGGUCAAGGUCGCCGUCGCCUCCUACUGCCACACAGACAGCAUGGUGCGCAACGGCGUCUUCGGCACCGCCCUGCCCUGCACCGCCUCGCACGAGGGCAGCGGCACCGUGGUUGCCUCGGGGCCCGCCGCCGCCGCGGGGCACAUCGGCGUGGGUGACCGCGUCAUGGUCGGCCUGCCGCGCAGCCCCUGCGGCGAGUGCGACGACUGCGCGGGGCCGGAGGAGUCGUGGAGGCAGUACUGCACGCACCUGACGCGGGGCCACGUGGGCGUGCACAUCGACGGGUGCAUGGCCCAGUACGUCGUCGCCGACGCGCGGCACACGACGCCGCUCCCGGCCGCGGUCUCGAUGCUCGACGCGGCGCCGCUCGCGUGCGCGGGGCGGACAGUCUGGCGCGGCGUGGAGCAGGCCGGGCUCCGCGCGGGCGAGACGCUGGCGAUUGUGGGAUCGGGCGGUGGGCUGGGUCAUCUGGGGAUCGCGUUUGCCAAGAAGAAGGGCUUGCGUGUUGUUGGUAUCGACGCGAGGGACGAAGGCCUCGCAGUAAGCCACGAGUGCGGAGCCGACCUGGUCGUCGAUGCACGCAAGGGCAAAGAGGCGGCAGUCAAGGAAGUGCAAGAGGCGACAGAUGGGCGAGGAGCGGAUGCAACCCUGGUGCUGUCCGAGGCUGAUACAGCAGCGGCUCUCGGCUGUGCUGUGACCAAAAUGCAUGGCUUGUUGGUGCAGAUCGCGCAGCCAGCAGAAGUCAAGAUUCCCUUUCAGGAGCUUAUCUUUCGAGAUAUCCGCGUCAGGGGCUCUGUGCUCGCCUCCCCAGCAGAGAGCCAAAGAAUGGUAGACUUUGUAGCCGAGCAUGGGAUCAGAACGACGAAGAAGGUCUUUCGCGGUUUGAACAGGAUUCACGAUCUCAUAUAUGAGGUCCAAGGCGGAAAAGUGAAAGGCAAGGUCAUUAUAGUCGUUGAUCAAGCUCAGAUCGACAAGGAGAAGAAUCUUAAGGGAUAG